CAGCUAAUCAUAUAUCAUGAAAUUUGUAAUUGCAGUAUUAUUAUUAGACUAUGUGGCGCAUAGAGCCAAAUAUGUUCCAAAUUACACAAUCAGCCUCUAUGUUACAUUAAAGAUAAAGAUAAAGAUAGGGUAUGCUUUUAAUGUGUCUAAACUGUGGCAAAGGACACUUGUUUUCCUAAUACAGCCAUUCUUCGAUCAAACUAAACUUCAUACAUAAAAAUAGACUCUUUAUAUAAAUACAAGGUGAUUCUUGCUUUAUUUGACUUUUUUUGUUAAGCUAUAGAUAUCAAUCAAGCUAAUUUCUUUUACUAUUUAAACUGCAAGUAAGAAAUGGUCGUUAUACUAAUGGAUGUAAUUGGGUUGCUCUCGAUUCUCUUGCUCAACGACAUAUUGAGUUUUUUUUUUCUUUUUCUAUGGACACAAGAUGACUCCAGCUGGAUUCAAACCAAGUCUUUUUAUCAUAGUCCAGUUUAUGUUGACAUACAACAGAUGGUUCUAAUGUGCAAUAGUAUAUCUUAUAGUAUCGCUCGUCGUAGGAUAUGAAAUAAGUAAUAUUACUACUAUAUGAUAAAUUUCUUGUUUUAUAUUGUGUACGAGCUAUUUGCAAUUUUAUUUCAUAUCAGUAGUGGUAAUAGUAGGUUAUAUGAUUGACGUUGUAAUCAUAUAUUAUAGCUAUUUAAAGAUCUAGACUUGACCUUUUCUCUACUUUAUGUAUACUUUGUCAAUAACGCUAUUUACACACAAUUUAUCUCAAGAUUAAGAAUGGAGGGAAAGCUGUUAGAAAAGUAUAAACCUCAAAGCAUAUAUAUAUAUAUUGCGAUAGUAUCAACUCUUUGAAACUUGAUUGUAUCAUUCUGCGACACUAAUAUCAGUGAGAGAAAUAGAAGAAUAACUUUUUGAACAUGAGUAUACAAAGCGUGAAUAAUUUUAUUCAUAUAAGCCUCUUCGAUUUUUUUUUCUUGUUAAAAUACUGCAAGGAGCUGAGUAUCUUUGUAGUAUUGGGCUAAAUUUAUCAAAUAAAAAGGAUCAUACACGCUCCUUCUAUUCCAUUAUUAGCUUUCUUAAUAUCAAAACAAACUACUAUUAAUGACCUUCUAUUUGCCUUCAAAGACUUUGUCUAUUAUCUUAAUAAACACUUUAAUGAAUUAUUAUUCUAUUUAAAGAAGAAUUUCUAUACUAUACAGUUUGUAUAAAAAAAAA